UCAACUUUAUGCAGCCGCAGGCAGCAACUCAUCCCCGUUUAUAUAAUCUCGGCGGUGCUCCGUCCCUUCCUCCAUCUUCUUCUUUUUAUCUUCACCAUCAUUAAUGAGCUUCCGCUGUUUGGAGACCAAGAAUCUUGUUGUCGGGCCCUCGUCCUGUUCUUGAAUGUCAGUAAAACUCCCGACUUUCUGUCAAGAAUCUCCGUUAGAUCUCCAACACCACUUUUGUCCUUCGUCAUCUACGUUGAAAGAGAACCCACUCUCCUAAUUUCAUCAAUUCCCUGCUGGGUUCCUCUCUUUCUUCCGUUCUGGGAGGAGGGUCCGGCUAAAGUAUUCUCCUUUCCUUGAAAGAGUCCUCUUUUUGAAGGAAAUCAGCUCUCAUGGAGAGGAAAGAGACGAAUGAGGUGGUGGUUGUGAUCUCAGGCAGUGAACGUGAGAGGAACUCGUCGCCGAGUGCUCAGGUAGGUACAUCGUUAAGAACCAAUGUUGAGCUGACAGAACUGAAUACUCGCUCGAGUGGCUCUUCUCCGCAAGAGUCGAGCAAAUCGAGCCAGUGCCCGACUCCGGGUAAGCCCCCGAGGGCCCCGGGCGACACGCUGACCAGGAGGACUCUCUCGAGGUCCUCGUUCUCGAAUCCGAAAUCGAGGUUCGAGGAGCCCACGUACACUACUAAUGUGGAGGAGCCGACCCAGCGGAAGAAUGCGAGUGGUUCGCCCUUUAGGACCUCACCGAUGGCAUCUCCUCAGAACACGAAUGUGAAAGCGGGCUCUCCUAAAGAGAAUCUGAAGUCGGCCCCGGUCACGCCCCGGACACCUUUGAUCCCACUCGGCGUUGACGGGGAGGACGAUGAGGACGAGGGUGAUGAGGUUUACCAGACAGCAAACCUCAAAGUUCAGGAAAUGUCUGGUAAGAAGUUCAAGAAGGUUGUCUUUUUGGAGUGGGCCGCUUUCGCGUGCAUAAUGGGUGUUUUGAUUGCUAGCUUCACGGUCCACAGAAUGCAUCACGCGGAGAUUAGGGGCUUGAGACUGUGGAGAUGGUGUGUUCUUGUUUUAGUAAUAUUCUGUGGGAGAUUGGUCACUGGAUGGUUUAUUAAUGUGCUUGUGUUUCUGAUUGAGAGAAACUUUUUGCUCAAGAAGAAGGUUCUGUACUUUGUUUUCGGGCUAAAGAAGAGUGUCCAAGCUUUUCUAUGGCUCGCUCUGAUCCUCUUAGCGUGGGGCCUUCUAAUAAGUCGGGGCGCUGAGCGGCCGAAGAACACGACCAGGAUACUAAACUAUAUCACUAGAGGUCUCGCUGCCUGUCUAAUCGGGGCAGCUAUCUGGUUAGUUAAGACUCUCUUGAUAAAGCUGCUGGCCUCGUCUUUCCAGUGCACGAGAUUCUUUGAUCGGAUACAGGAGUCGAUCUUUCAUCAGUACAUCGUGAGGACACUCUCAGGCCUGCCGCUAGUGGAGAUGACUAAAAAGGUUGGGAGGUUGAAGUCUGAUAAUAGUGGGAGGCUGAGCUUUAGGAAGGUGAAGAAGGAUAGUGCCCGAGAGGAUGUGAUUGAUGUGGACAAGUUGCACAAGAUGAAGCAGGGCAAGGUCUCUGCCUGGACCAUGAAGGGUUUGGUCGAUGUGAUUGGCGGGUCCGGGCUUUCUACACUCUCUGGGACGCUCAAUGUGGAUGAUGAGGAUGACGAUGAGAGGAAGAAGAAUAAGGAGAUCACGAGUGAAUGGGAGGCCAAGGCCGCAGCAUAUCGGAUCUUCAUGAACGUGGCCAAGCCUGGUACCAAAUAUAUUGAUGAAGAGGACCUCUCACGAUUUAUGAAGAAGGAGGAUGUCGAUAAUGUAAUUCCUUUGUUUGAAGGAGCAGCUGAAAAGAGAAAGAUCAAGAGAUCAGCUUUGAAGAACUGGUUGAUCAAGGUAUACUUAGAGCGCAAAUCCCUGGCCCAUUCCUUGAACGAUGCCAAGACUGCAAUAGAGGAGCUGAACAGGCUGGUUUCAGGAAUCCUAGUAAUCGUGGUCAUUAUAGUGUGGUUGCUAAUGAUGGGAUUCUUGAACACUAAAGUGCUUGUGUUCCUCUCAUCUCAACUCCUGGUUGCGGUGUUUGUGUUUGGCAACACUGCGAAGACUGUAUUCGAAGCAAUCAUAUUCGUGUUCGUGAUGCACCCAUAUGAUGUGGGGGAUCGUUGCGUGAUCGAUGGAGUUCAGAUGGUUGUUGAAGAAGUGAACAUUCUGAAUACUGUCUUCCUGAAAUACGACAAUGAGAAGAUAUUUUACCCGAAUUCGGUCCUCUCGACAAAGCCCAUCAGCAACUUUUACAGGAGCCCUGAGAUGGGUGAUGCUGUGGAGUUUGCUAUAGACUUCUCCACUUCCGUCGAGAGUAUUGCGGCUUUCAAGGGCAAAAUAAAAUCGUACAUAGACGGCAAACCCCAACACUGGCGUCCCGGGCACAGUGUGGUGGUUAAGGAGAUUGAGAAUGUGAACAAGUUGAAAUUGGCCCUCUACGUUACUCACACGAUAAACUUCCAGAACUACGGUGACAAGAUCAAUCGGAGAUCUGACCUCGUUUUGGAGCUGAAGAGAAUCUUUGAGGAUCUCAACAUUAAGUAUCAUCUCCUGCCUCAAGAGGUUGUCGGUAAUAUCGGGCCAUUAGCUGCCUCCACCCGGUGACGUUGGCUUCAUAUCAGAGGGCAACAUAUGUGCCUUGUUUCGGGAAACAGAUGUACUUUGACAGUCUGCUUGCUUACUGAAAGAAUUUGUCGUUGAAUCCCACUCUUGAGAAUAAUAAGAUGAAUUAUUGAUCAAUACAAGUAGCAAAUUAUGUGAAAGCCGUGGCGGAUAUGGAAUUGGGGAGAAAUGGAAAAAGGAAAGGGGAACUGGGAGUGCAAUAAGGACAAUGCAAGUCGUACAAUAUCAAUAGACAAUGAGCCAAGGGCUUGGCCCUCCCUGGCUAUUCUCCCU